AUGUGCAUGCAGCGCAAGGUCAACCCAGUAACCCAACUAAAGAACAUAGAUUUGUUUCGAAAUUUUGAUAGUUUAGGGAAGAAACGACCGCGACAUACAAGACAUUUGGACAAACGAAAUUACGCUUAUGCAUACCAAUUUUUGGACGAUGAUGAUGGUGAUCUAAGAACUCAAUGGGCUGCUGAAGCACCUAACACAGCCGACUGGGGUGAAGAGCAGCAACAAGCAGAAAAUCCGACGUGGGAAGCGGAGAGAGAAACAGCAGCACCAGAAACGGAACAGACAUCAAGAUGGAGUAGUUCACCUGAUUCUUAUUGGGGAAUCUCAACACCGCGGUACUCGGAAGCUUCAUCACCGGUUCACGACUCUUAUAAGCAAGAACCAGAGAAGUCCGAAACAGAAGAGGAACCAUAUUGGUUCACGACCACACCGACUACCACAGCGACUACCGUUCCCAUCGAAGUACCACAGGAAUUGGAUAAAGCAGCGCCAGUAGCCACGGAGGUUCCCAUCUGGCGAAGAAUUUUUGCAACCACAACACCAGCACCGGUUCAACCGCUGGCUUUACCGCUCAGGAGUUGCCCGCACCGUUUUGACGCUGUUACAAGAGGUGAACUUUUUUUUUGA